AUGGCAAGACGAGAAAAGAUGAGGCAAACCAUCGACGAUGCUGAUCAUGAGGUUGAUCAUGUGCUUGUGCGUGCUGCAAAUAUUCAGAUGAUCCGCAACAUGCCAGAGACUGAUGCCGCCCUCACCAAAGGCCCAGAACGCAAGGGUGGAAUGGAUGUUGAGGAUGACAUGAGGGCUCCUUUCACAUUGCAGGGCUCGGAUUAUGUGAAAGUGGAAGCUGGUUUUUGUCCAAGGUCAUGGGAAUCGCUGUGA